UUCUUUGGCUACAAAGUCUACCCAACAGUGAGCAGCCCGCUGUUCGUGGUGCAGUGGCUGUUCGACCAGGCCCAGUUGAUAGUGGAUAACGCGUACCUCACUGGCCAGCCAAUGCAGGAGGACCAGAGGCUCUACGUCCAGAACCUAGCCGGAGAGCUGAGACACACACUCCAGAAUGUGUCGGCCAGCUUUGCCCCUGCCUGCUUCUCACAUGAGGUCAUCAUCCGAAGCCAGUGGACAGAAGUCCAGGUGAACGGUACGUCCCUACCCCAGGCGCUGCACUGCUGGGACAGGAGCCUGCAUAGGAGCCAUAAUGCCAGCAAAGCCCCCCUGAAAGGCUGCCCCAUCCACCUGGUGGAUAGCUGCCCCUGGCCUCACUGCAACCCUACCUGCCCCACCAUCCGCAACCAGUUCACAGGGCAGGAGGUGAACAUGGCCCAGUUCCUGAGGCGCAUGGGCUUUGAUGUGCCGAGUGUGGCCCAGUAAUAGGGCCUGGAGCCCAGCAAGCUACUGGGGAUGCUGAGCAGUGGGAACUAGGGGCCUCCCUGAGAAAGACACCAGUCCAGCUGCCCCUGACCAUACCAGGACACCAGGCCCAGCGCUCCAGCACUGCAGCCAGACUCCUUCUCCCAGCAGCCUUUGCUGCAGCUCACUCACUGCCUAAGAGAGGCCCAGCCAGACUGUGGCCUCAGGCAGAACCCAAGAUUCUGAGACCCUGAGACCCCAGUACGAUGGGGGGGGGGUGCCAGCCAACCCUCCCUGGGGAGCCAGAAGCACUGGAUUCCUACGCCCACCUUCCCUUUUGUAUUAUUUUAUA